AUGGCCGACACAGGAAAGUCUUCGCCUCAUGUGCGAUGGGGUGUUCUGGGCACGGGAUGGAUCUCAACAAUGUUCACCAGCGACCUGCUGGCCGCCCGACCCGACGCCCCAGCCAGGCACACCAUCGCCGCGCUCGGCUCCUCGUCGCUAGAGAAGGGCAACGCCUUCGUCGACAAGGUCUGGGCCAAGACGCCCGACCAGCCCCGCCCGCAGGUCUACGCCGACUACCGGGGCGUCUACGACGACCCCAACGUCGACGUCGUGUACGUCGGCACGCCGCACUCGCUGCACAAGCAGAACUGCCUCGACGCCAUCGCGGCCGGCAAGCACGUGCUGUGCGAGAAGCCCUUCACCAUCAACGCCAAGGAAGCGCAGGAGGUCGUGGACGCGGCGCGGAAGAAGGGCGUUUUCAUCAUGGAAGCCGUAUGGACUAGGUUCUUCCCCCUGUUCAAGGCCCUGUACGAGGAGAUCCACGUCAAGAAGUCCAUCGGCAACGUGCAGCGCUUCUUCAUCGACUUCGGCAACAAGAUGCCCCUCGACACGCUCCCCGCCAACUCGCGCCUCAAGGACCCUGCCCUCGGAGCCGGCGCCCUGCUCGACAUCGGCGUCUACUCCCUGACGUACGCAUCCAUCAUCCUGGGCGACUUCAAGGUCGGCAAGGAGCACCCCAAGAUCGAGAGGGUGACGUCGUCCCUGGACAUCGUGAACGGCAUGGACGAGGCCAACGUCGUCGUGCUGGACUAUGCGGCUGCGGCCGGGGGCAACAAGACGGCGGUCUGCACAUCGACCUUCCGGACCCGGGGCGCGCAGGAGUUUGCCCGCAUCGAGGGCUCGACGGGGAGCAUCGUGCUCUUCGGCCUUGUCGUCAGCGUGCCCGGCGGUUUCCGCGUCAUCGAGGGGCUGCAACCCGGGAUGGGAGAGGCCGACACCAGGUCGGAGCGCGUGUUCAACAUUGAGAAGCCGGAGGGCACGCUCGGCUUCUUCUGGGAGGCCGACGCCGUGGCAGAGGAUAUCGCCAACGGCCGGACCGAGAACGCCACCAUGCCGCUGGACGAGACGCUUCGCAUGAUGAAGCUCAUGGAUGGAAUUCGACAGGCGGGAGGCCUGUCUUAUCCUCAGGAUCAGCAGUAG